AUGGCGUUGCAAGCCAAGGAAAAGAGGAUGGCGAAGGCAUUGGCAAAUCUGGUAUCGAAGCUUCCUUCCAUUGCAUUAGAUAAAGAUGUCAAUGAAACUGAGCUCUGCUCUCGUUUCGUGGAACCCUUCUUAGCUGGUCUCUUCAAUGAUCUAGCUAAAGGCAUCUACCUACAUUGGACCAACGAACGUACUUUGGAGGCCAAGGCAAAUAAAAAUGCACAAAGCCGCCCUGAUCUCUGUGUAACCAAGUGCUGUGGUGUCAAUUGGACCACUAGCCUUGCGUAUGGUGAAGCAAAACCUGCUGCAUACAGUAGUGACAAUUAUCUUGUGUGCAGGGAUAUUAUCAAGGUCACCAUCUUUUGCAAGGAGGCACUAGACAAACAACUCUUUGAAGGCAUUUUGGGCAUCCAAGUCAUUGGUAGAAUGAUUGUCUUUUAUCUACUCACCUUGCUAUCUCAACGUAUUUAA